CGCACAUCUGCACACAUGCAAGCUCCUCCCCUCUGGCGAAACCGGAUGUGUAGGGACACUGAGCGCUGUGUCGCCGUGGCACCAGGUGUCUGGAUCUUGGUGUGGUGGCUGGUACUUGCAAAACUAUCAUGAUGAUGCGAGCAGGAGGACUUUUGAAACUGGCAGCGUUGGUUUCUAUCUUCUUUCUAGUUGUGUUCCUGGCAUUUGAGCUAUUAGAGAGCAAUAUGAAUUUUAAAUUGGGGAAAGUUUUUGCACGAUACGCACCCGCAGAGACUGUCCCAACCAGACCUCUACGGCACAAAUGUGGCCUUUCUAAAUCAUGUCCGGAGGACCAUUUUGCCUUUAAGAUCACCAGUGGGGCAGCCAGCGUUGUCGGCCCGAAAAUGUGUUUUCAGGACAAUGUAUUAAUGAGUGGUGUAAAGAACAACGUUGGACGGGGUAUAAACAUUGCUUUGAUCAAUGGGAAGACUGGCGAGCUCACCAAGACUGAUUCCUUUGACAUGUGGUCUGGAGAUGUGAACGAGCUUAUCAAAUUCUUGAAGGAAAUAGAAGAUGGAAGUAUUGUCAUGAUGGCCACAUUUGAUGAUCCUGCAACAAAGCUAAACGACGAGGCCAGAAAUCUGAUAGCAGAAUUGGGCAGCUCAACUAUCAGCAUACUGGGAUUCAGAGAUAACUGGGUGUUUGUUGGAGGCAAAGGGAUCAAGACAAAGAGCCCCUUUGAGCAGCACAUUAAAAACAACGCAGAGACCAACAAAUAUGAAGGCUGGCCUGAGGUUUUGGAGAUGGAAGGGUGCAUUCCUGUAAAACAUGAGUAGAAUCAGUGUCUCAUUGUAUUUCAGAUUGUUUCGCAUUUUCAUGUACAGCCUGGAGAAGAUUGAACAUAUAUGUAAAAUUGAACAUGUGCCAGGUUGUAUUGUUCAAUUAGCAUUGACAAUGAUCCAAGUAAGUGUAGAGUAUAGAUAAGUACAGAUUUUAUAUUUGAUGUUGGACUUCCUGUACAUUAUAUCUUGUCAUUAGCGCACCAGAGCAUUUACUGCUCUAUGUUUGUAUUUAUUUUAGUUCCCACUACUUUUGACCAGUGAGUUUUCUUUAAUUUUCUUCCAGUUGUUUAUGGAUUGCAAUCACAAAGAGCAAUAUGUAGCCAGGUACAGCUAAAAAUCACUAUAUUCAUCUUAAAAAUAUCCACAACUUCACUAAUUGUUAUGAAUUUUCCAGCCCUGGAAUUCGCAGUUUUAAAAUUCCAUGCCUGUGGGAAACUUGAUUUGUAGGGUUUGUUAAUAACUGGUCCAUAAACAGCAAGUUUCUGCCAUUUUUAAGGCUCCAGUGUCAUAAGGAAAAGAGAGAUAUUGAUUCAGAAGAUUUUCUUGUGUACUGUUUAUUUUCUUCCCAGAAAAUAGAAGGAGAGGUUUUGCUCUCAAAUUUAUCACUGCACUAGGACAUUGAAAAUGUUGCUCAUACUGGAUUGAAGUUAAAUGGCUGAGAGCUGCUGUCAUCAGAAUGUAUUUAUUUCUUAAUUUGUUUAUGGUUAUAUUUAUUUUUCUACGGGCAAAGGUAUUUUGACUGCUAGACUUUUUUCCUGAAGGUAGAUCUUUUGAAUCCUUGAGUUAAAAAAAAACUGCCCAUAUCUCUAUUGUGUGAUGGGUUGAGCUAUUGUUGGUUUUCGACCUUCAACUGUUUGACUACUGUCUCCAGUUUUAUGCCAUUUAUCCUUAGCUUUUGGGAAUGUUGUUACAUAUGGGGCGUUUCCAUCAACCAUUCUGUUGAGAUUAUUUAAGUGGUAUGUCUAGCAGCUGUUACAUGCCGUUAGUGUUCAUAGCAAGCAAUAACAAUAUAGUAAUUGCUUUUAUUCCUAACUGUGCCUUCUGUCAAUAGUAUGCGCUUUCCAACCAGGUUGUAAAAUGUCCCAUAAAUGCAAAACUAAUUAACUAACUAACUACUUGUUCAUUUUAUAAUUCCCUGCACGAUUUUAACUAUAUACUGUGAAGCUGUGGUUUAAACCCCAUUUCUUUUGUAAGGAAACCAGUUGUGUGCCUUUUUUACCAAAGUGAUCAAAUAUGCUGUGUGAUUUUUAUCUAGACCAGGGGUCACCAGACCUGGUCCUGGAGGGCCGGUGUCCCUGCAGAGUUUAGCUCCAACCCUAAUCAAACACACCUGAACCAGCCAAUUAAAGUCGUACUAGGUAUACUUGAAACUUCCAGGCAGGUGUGUUGAGGAAAGCUGGAGGUAAACUCUGCAGGACAAGUUUGAUGACCCCUGAUCUAGACUUUUGUGUGAAAUCAUUGAUGUUGCAUGUCAUGGCCUUAAAGUAAAAAGCUGUUUUAAAGAUUUCUUUAGUCUAAAUUAAAUUGAAAUUAGGUAAUUUGUGUGUUUUGUGAUUGCAACGUCUUUCAUAAUGGCUCUAAGAUAUUUUUUUUUUUGGAAAAAUUAUUCAUAUUAAAAUUACUGUUGUUUUCA